CCUCCGCCGCUACUGCUGCUCGUAGCUUAGUCGAGCGUGUCUCCGGCUGCAAACUCCGCCAAACAAGCCUGCAUCCUCCUCCAGGGAAGGAUACCUAGAAGCGAUGAAAUUUCCAAUCGAGACUCCAAGAAAACAGGUGAACUGGGAUCCUCAAGUGGCUGUUCCCUCACCAGUGCCAGCUUGUGAACCUGAGCCCAAAACUAACGGGCAUUACCCAGCUCCACGACUCUCUGUUUCCUCCCGAGCCACUGUUGUUGCUACCAUGGAAACCCCUUCUCAAGGCCUGCAUACAGUCAUGAAGUGGAAAACAGUGGUGACGGUCUUUGUCGUGGUGGUAGUUUACCUGGUGACAGGAGGACUUGUCUUCCGUGCUCUGGAGCAGCCCUUCGAAAGCAGGCAGAAGAACACAAUCGCGCUGGAGAAGGCUGACUUUCUUCGGGAGCAUGUCUGUGUGACCCAGCUGGAGCUGGAGACCCUGAUUCAGCAUGCUAUUGAUGCCGAUAAUGCGGGAGUCAGUCCCAUAGGAAAUUCUUCUAACAACAGCAGUCAUUGGGACCUUGGAAGUGCCUUUUUCUUUGCUGGAACAGUCAUCACAACAAUAGGGUAUGGGAACAUGGCCCCAAGCACUGUUGGAGGCAAGAUUUUCUGCAUCUUGUAUGCCAUCUUUGGGAUUCCACUGUUUGGAUUCUUGUUAGCUGGUAUUGGAGACCAACUUGGAACCAUCUUUGGGAAGUGUAUUGCAAGGGUGGAAAAAGUUUUCAGAAAAAAACAAGUGAGUCAAACAAAGAUCCGGGUGAUCUCUACCAUCGUCUUCAUCCUGGCAGGCUGCAUUGUCUUUGUGACCAUUCCUGCAGUUAUCUUCAAACAUAUCGAGGGCUGGACAGCCUUGGAGUCCAUCUACUUUGUGGUUGUCACUCUGACUACUGUUGGAUUUGGUGACUUUGUAGCAGGAGGAAAUGCUGAAAUCCAGUACCGGGAGUGGUAUAAACCCUUAGUGUGGUUCUGGAUCCUUGUUGGCCUUGCCUAUUUUGCUGCUGUCCUGAGUAUGAUUGGAGACUGGUUAAGAGUCCUGUCCAAGAAGACAAAAGCAGAGGUUGGAGAAAUAAAAGCCCAUGCAGCGGAGUGGAAAGCAAACGUGACAGCUGAGUUCCGAGAGACGAGGAGGCGUCUCAGCGUGGAGAUCCAUGACAAGCUCCAGCGGGCAGCCACCAUCCGGAGCAUGGAGCGCAGGCGCCUGGGCCUGGACCAGAGAGCCCACUCCUUAGACAUGCUCUCUCCAGAGAGGCGCUCUGUCUUUACUGCCUUGGAAACAGGACGCUUCAAGGCAUCAUCUCAGGAAAGCAUCAACAACAGGCCUAACAACCUGCGCCUUAAAGAGUCAGAUAAGCUCAACAAGCAUGGGCAAGGGGCUUCUGAGGAUAACAUCAUUAACAAGUUUGGAUCGUCUGCUAAGAUGACCAAAAGGAAAAACAAAGACCUCAAAAAGACCAUUCCUGAGGAUGUGUGUAAAAUUUAUGAGACCUUCCGAAACUACUCCUUGGAUGAAGAAAAAAAGGAAGAGGAGACAGAGAAGAUGUGUAAUUCUGAGAACUCUUCUAGCACUGCAGUGCUGACCAACUGCAUCCAGCAGCACUCAGACCUGGAGAAUGGAGCAAUCCCCAAUGAAACCAAAGAAAGGGAACAUGAAAACAAAGCAUUACUUGAAGACAGAAAUCAAAUGUAAAAGAUGCUUGACUUGAAUUAAUGUUGUUAGUGUUUUUAUAUACAUAUAUAUAUUGAGACACGUGCCUUAUACAGACUCCUUAUUCAGUCUGAAUGAUACAGCAUCGAAGAAUAUUUCACUGUGCCAUAAAGACUCAAGCUUGCUCUGCCAAAACAAUUCAGGAGCACAGCACUGCAGAAUGGCAACAGAAAGCUACGCACAUGGAAAUUUCAGCCUGUGUAAGAUUACCAGGGCAAGACACAAAGGAAGAGACUGAACCAUGGCAAUACCACCAGAGUACUCCUACCAUGGCACAAUAUUAGACAAAGGGCAGCUAUGUAAGAAGAGCCUUUGAAAGGGAUGAAAAAGAGUGUAUCUUUGUAAUGGAAUAUGCAUUCAUAAAGCCUUCCCCUGGUGAUUAAGAAGAGGAGAAAUUAUUGGAGUGAACUAGAAACUUUCAGUAAGGCUCAGUUUACAUUUUGGCACGUGAUUCAAGCUAGAUUUUUUUUUUAAUUCCCAGUUUUGAAUCAGUUGCAUUAUCUUUCUAAUCUCCAAGAGAAUGUCCAUGGACACAGCCACCAGCUGGGUGCUGGUUUGAAAAAUCAACAUAAGCAUAUUUAAGGGUCGGAUUGCUUUUUUUCAUUAAAAAAAGAAAAAGAAAAAAAAAAGAAACACAACAAAACAAAAACCUCUGUGGGUAUUUAUCUUAACCGGUGACAGGAAAAAAAGGAAAAGAAACAAAUGGACUUUUUUACUGUAUGUAGGAAAUACUCAAUGUAAACUCACAGCAAGAAAUUGCAUAUGAAGAAAAUGCAACAUCUUGUGCUAUGUUGCUUAAAAGAAGAGAAACAUUAAUUUAAUGGUAUUUGGCUAGGUGUAUAAAACAGUGGGCCAACUGUUAUUUUAAAAAGAAUUUCUCUUUCACACUUUCUACCACUGAAAAAAACCCCUUCAAUUUUAAUGGUAAGACUAUGAAGACAGAAGGAAAACUAUAGGUUUUGCGUGUCAGCAAACUGCUGUUCUCUGUAGCUGAAUCUGAAUUUUUAAAAAUAGACAUAAGAACAUAUUCAAAUGAGGGCCAGGGCAACCAUAGAAUCUCAGGGCUCUCUGCCCCCGUUUUUGGGUUUAGGUUUAGAUGUGAGUUGCGGUCAUAAUCUCAGAAAAACAAACAAACAAGAAAAAAAAUUAGGAAAAGAGGUUGAGAUAAAUAUGGUGGUAAUCUCUAAAGUGCUUAUAGCUUUAAGUGCCAUUAAUGCUGUCAUAUUUUGUAACUUUCUAAACAAGUAUUUUGAAUUAUUUGUUUUAUUUUCUUUUGGGUACUACUGUUGUUUGACAUUUGUUCUCUCUUUUCAUGAUAAAAUCUACACAUGAGUUCUGCAGUUCUAGACUGAAGUGAAAUCUAGCCAAAAUGUGCACAUUUGUAAAGAAAAUUUUAUGGUGUCUGGACAUAAGGAUAUAAGACAUACAAAUGUCCCUAGACUUCACAGUAAACAUUCAAAGAAAAAUCUGCAAAAUAAUUAAUGGGAAUUGCAAAACACAGUGAAGUUUUGUAGCCUCAGCCUGUGGGCUACUGUCUUUGCCAUUGCAUAAAGAAGUUUUUGCAUGUUGGGAAUGAGAUACACCUAAUUGCAGCAGUGAUGCUUUCUCUGCAUCUUCACAAAAUCCUAAGUAUCUUACAAUUGAAACUGUAGGCUUAUAGGCAAAGUAAGCAUGGAUGUAGAUGGCAGAGACAUACCGACUCUUAAGAGCUAAUCAAACGUACCGACACUUGCAGGUUACACAGACACGAACUUUUUGGACUGGCAUGCCCGUGUCUGCAUACACAAACAUGCAUGCUUCAUUUCCUGUGAUAGGUUCUGAGAGUUUAUGCACAAUGAGCCAACUCAAAAUCUAACUGGUCACUGGAAUACAUUAUUGCCAUGGCUAUGAGUAGGAGCAUGGCAAUGCAAAUGCAAAUUUUGAGUGUGCAUAUUUGCAGAUCUAAGUGACUGCAGAAUUUGCAGGAGUGAGCCAAAUACCACUAGUGCAGAGGAGGAAAGAAGUUCUUAGUAUGUUCUGUCUGCUGGUUCACUUCACUUGAAAUAUCAUAUUUCUAAUUUCAUUAUCUCUCUGAAAAUUAAGGAUGCUAAAAGAACCUUUGAAAAAAUUCAAGUCAGUUGAGAUUGCUUUAACUUAAUAAGAUCCAACAGAAAUUGAAUUCUGCUUAGUUCACCAAUGAAUCUCUUAAGGCUGUGCUCUGGCUUUAGCUUACUGGAGGCAGGGCAGUAAGCCCAGUCCCCAGGGAAGGUUUUGUCUGACUCAAGAGCUGCCAUGGCUCCUGGAGCCUUCACAGUGAUGGAGGCCAGCAGCUUGUGGCUAUCUUCAGAUCCCAUCCUCCUCAAGCCACAGGGAGACACCAGCAAGAUGCAGGCAUGCUCAAGCAUGGCAGUUCCUUAGCCCUCCUGCUGCCUCUGGUUUUGGGCAGGCCUGGGAUGAAGUCCAGCCUCUUGUGCCACACGUGAGCAAAACUUCUGAAGUCUCACUCAGAAAUACAGUGAAUUCUGUAGUGCCAGAAUAGAUGAAGCAUACUUGGAUGUACUAAGGUUUUAUGUUGUUCAGAUCUGGGGUUUUAUUGUGGCCUGGUGGGAAGCUAGGAGUGAAAGCUACAAUUUAAAUUUGCUUUUGAAGUCCAAACAAGGUUCAGAAGAGCUCAGACAUGAGAUUUGUGUGGUGGGAAUUGAAGUACUGCCUGAUUACGCUGUCCUGUGCUUUGCUUGUAUGAAGGAUCAAGCACAUGAAAACAUCUCAUUUGACUGAAAGAAUGCAAUACAUACAGACUGUGCUAACAAUUCUCCAUGAUUACCAAAUGCCAAGCCAACAUCAUGCAUGCAUUGUUAUUUAUUCCUCAACUGACUUGUUCUAGCAAAAAAUGCUUGCUUGUAAUAGAAAAGUCCUGCACAGGUGCACAGGCAGUUGUAAGGAUACGGAAGAUGCAUUUUCUGUAGGUGAAAAGUAAGGCUUAGUUAAAGCCAGAGCAUUUCUGCUGAUUAGGGUCAGGGAAAGCAGAAGUCUUGUCUUGUAGGACUUGUCUACAUGAGCAAGGAUUUGGACAGUGAGUAAAUAAUGGAAAACAAGUCAACAUGGACAAAAGUGGCCAAGGAGGCAAAGUAUGUUGGCCAAAUACAGAACUGGUAGCUCUGGUGGGAUGUAAAGACAAUGCAAUCUUGGCAUAUUCUUCCUCUUCCAAAAUUUUGGAAUUCUCAGUCUGUCCCCUGCCCAGAUCCUAGCGGAUAGUGUGUGUGUCUCACUCUAGUUUCUGCCUGGCAAUGCCAUGCAGGAGUCCCUGGAUGUCAUUUUUUCAGCUAUAUCUUCAGCAACUGCUAGUUUGGGAUAUGGGAGAGAAUUUGAUGACCUUUUACAUGAAAGCAAAAUGCUGUCUCUCAUUCCUACCCAUUUCUAUGUCUGCAACUUGCUGAGAAGCAGCUGCCAGUCUGCUACUGGAGUAAAUGUUUUCUCCUAUACGGUUGCCUAUUAAAUACCUCAAUGUAACUAAUUUUUAUUAUAAAAUGGGAAGUGGAAAUGGUGUAUUGCAUAGGGAGCCAGACAGAAAUGUCUGACAACUACAAUGACAUUUUAAUGUCCUAAAUUGCUGCUCCCUUUGUAAAGGCCAUCCUUUAGUUUUAGUUGUAUGCAACAACUUGGGAGACAAUCUCAGUUCAAACACCAGGUGUUUUUAUGGCUAAAAUUCUCUAAAAUUACAAAAAAACUUCUGAUGCUGUCUCCAGUGUGGCUGUUCCACCAUUAUUUAAAGUUAUAGCAAAACAUAGUCUGAACCGUGUCCAAAACUUCUUGUUCUGAAUUACACGCUUUCACAGCAGCCUGAAAAUAAAGUCACACGAAGUGUGGAUUACUGAUUUUAAUUCUCAGAUCCUGCCCUGAGCACAACAUGACUUGACAUGGAAAUUGGGACCUACAAAAACAAUGGAAACAUGGAUCUUCUAUAGUCACAGCCCUCACACAUAGAGGACGAUUCAGCUUCUGUUUUCCUCCAAAUUUCAGCUCUGCAGUCCCACUUUCUGCUCUCUUGUGCAGGAGAAUUCUGGCUUGCUCCUAUGGGGAUCCUUCUGAAUCAUUCACCAUCAUCAAAUUUGUGCAGGUUUUGCAUGAGUGCUUUUGAACAUGUUUGUAAUUUCAUCCAUGUGAUAGUCUGUGAAUUUUGUCAUUCUUUAAUAGGGAACAUUAUUUCUAAUAAUUGUUAUUAGAAAUAGCCAUAAAUAAAAAACCCACAGUGAUUUAUAUAAAUGAAAUCUGAUUUUGGUUGUUGCUGUAAAAUUAUAAAUCAGGAGAGCUUCUGUUCUCUGUCUCUAUGUUGUCUCUAGUACAAGUCUGCUUCUACCAAUGCCAUUAAUGGGCUAUGCCAGAGACUUUCUGCAAAAUUCUCUGACCCACUAUAAAUGAAAAUAUGUCUAUGAUUCUCUAACCCACUAUAAAUGAAAAUAUGUCUAUGAUUUCAGGUGUUAAAAUCUCUGUCCUUAAAAAAGCCUGCAUUUUCCUGAAGAAAUUAUGUUUAUGCUGUACAUGGGCUGUUUUCCUGCCAGCUUUGAUUUUCUCAGGGGCUAUUUUGUGUUGUCAGGUUGCAUGAUGUCUGCUAGUUUCACAUUUCCCAUCAUCCACUAAGAAUAAAAAGCAUGUAAAGACCAAGCUUUAUGUUAUAUUGCAUACUAACCUAGAACAAGAAGUCUUCUACUAAGUAGAUAUGAAUAUAAAAGGUGAUUGGGAGUUGCUUCAGUCCUUCCUGUACAACUAUUUGUUCUGAACUCUGUUUUGUCUAAUCUAAGGCCAGAAUCUGUCCCCAUCAAGCCACUACAUUAAAGUGGAGCUAGCCUGGUAUUUGUAAGCUUUUUAUAGCAAGGUCCUGCUGUUUUAACUCAUCUCUGCAGAGCUGUUUACACUUACUGGGAUGGCAUUAUAUCAAUACUAAAUACAAAUAAGCCCAGCUUCAGAAACAGUUCCCUAGGCAAUUAAAUAUCAAUGAAAACACAAAUGCAAACCAACACAAAUCUAUAAAACUUAAAGAAAGGCUUGCAGAUUAAUGUACCAAACUAGUUGGCCAAACUAUGUAAUAAAAAACCACAAAUCUACAAAUUCCUUUAGAUUGCUUAGUUCUUCUCAUGUUCCCCAACUCCUUGGCUACCAGGAACAGUUGGCCUUUUUAAUACUAUUGGUUAUCUGGACCCUAUUUUUUUUCCUCUUACCAGUGCAACUGAAGUACAUAAUUAUGUUAGACUGUUGACUCAUGUUGUUGAAAUCAAACACUGAGGAAGCAGUUGCAAAGCUAAUUUGGUGGUCUCCUGAUGCAGCCAGCACAUGCUCAGUGAGCUAGAUCAUCACCCUAAAGGCAGGUCUUACCCACAACCCUGGUGAGUUGGUUGAAAAAAAAGCCCCAUGUGAACACAUGCACAUGCCCACCCUUCACAUGGCACAUUUAAUUGGUUCCUGCACACAGAUUUAGUGGUGAUACCCCCCUUCCUCCUUGCAGGUAGGUGUGAACUUCUGUGCUCCCUCAUCUGUGCUUACAGGUCACGUCUGAGCUGUCUUAUCACCAGGAACUACCAGUACUGAUGCUAUCAGGGGAAAACAUUUCUCUAGCAGGUGGCCUCUUGAAGCAAAGUGGAUUUCCUUUCCUUGGCUGAACUGCUUGAGAGCAAAUCGCAGGCAGGUGAUAUUUGGCAUGUGAGAGAGAGUAUUUUAGUCUCCCAAACAUAUUCCACCCACACACUUUUUUUCUUUGUGAGAGCUGGGUUCUUAAAGAGGAAAGCUUACAAUGCCUAUUGUGAGAUGUAAGCCAAACAAUACCAGCUUUCAGCCUUCCAUUUAGCAGUUUCUUAGAUCCUGGAGUCACGUAGUAGCUAUAAUUAGAAAAAGGCAGGAUUUUUAUCUGGAUCACAGUUCCUCAAAAUUUGAAUUUAUUUUUAGAUUUAUUUUUUUCAAGUUUUAGAUUUAUUUUUUUCAAGUUCUUGUAGAACUUGAUCUGGACCUGUGGACAGAGCUGAGGCACCAUAAUUAGUCGUUUCCAGCCUUGCUUGUGAACAAAAAACAGCUUUCUUAGAAUUUGGGGUAACAUUUCAGUAGGAUGCUAACUUCAAAAUAUUGUAUAAGCAAUCAGUAAAUCCACUUGCAAGGAUAUUCUAUCUACUCUCUUGCCUCUGUCCCUCUUUCUCUCUCUCUCUCUGUAAGAUUUUAUGGUGCUUUAGAAAGGCAUUUUCAGAAAAGGGAAAAUUUAAUGUCAUUACCAGGGUACAGAGCACAAUAUUCCUGUACCAUCUUGAUAAGUUUUGCUGCUAUUGUCUUUAUUUUAUGAUGUAAUGUCUUACAAAGAUGGAAAAAAAAUUGCAACAAAGACCUUCUAGAUGAUGAAAA